UUUUUUUUUUCUUAUGUUCUCUUCAUCAUGUUGUUACUGAUACUAUGUUUGGUUCAGUUAGUUUACUCUCGAGUUAUGGCAAGUUUUAUUGUCCCUGUGAACAGUCCUGAAUUAAAAUAUAUUGGACGUUGGCAAGUUACUUCUCAAGGCAUUCAAGUCGGUUGGCCUGGUGCUUAUCUACAAACGAUCGUUCAUAGUACUCAACUACGACUUUUAUUAGCUCAACCCACUAGUCUUCUUGUAAAAAUCGAUCACUUCUCUUGGGUACAAUACAAUGUAUCUUUGCAACAACAACAACAACAACAAUAUAUUGAACUGAACCUUGACGACAGCAAAGUGGACUGGACUCUUCCUCAUAAACUUACCAUUGUUUCUACUGAAGUAGCACCUUUACACUUGGUAGGCCUGGCUUUGGCGGACAAUGGAUCAGUACUUUUACCUUCUGCAUCACGCGUUGUAGAAUUCAUUGGGCAUGACCUUAUGCUUAAUACUGCAAGAAAAUGGGAUACGAAUCAAACGAUACCUGACCAACAAUUUGCCAUCACUGAUAGCUUUCCUUGGCUAGUCUCAGACCUUUUGGGAAUAGAUCAUAUUCAUAUAGCUUAUUCAGGUGCUACUCUCCUAGAUGAUGACACUUAUGGCAAGCUUGGCAUGCAGACACGUUAUUUUGAUUGGUCCAUUUUUGCAUCAUCCCCGUCAUUAUCAUCAUCAGCAUCAGCAUUUGUAUCAACAUCAUCAUUAAUAUCAGCAACAAUACCAUCAUCAUCGGCAACAUUUAUAUCAUCAAGAUCAUCAUCAUCAAUACCCUCAACUCAUUACGAUUUCACAUCUUAUAUCCCUUCAGUCAUCGUUUUGUUACUAGGACGUUAUGAUGAAGAUAUAUCUCAAUAUCGAAUUGAUCUAGUACGGUUUUUGGGGAAAAUUCGACAACAAUAUCAAGUAGCACCCAUCCUUGUCAUGUCUGAACCUUUAGGAGAAAUGGUGCAAUCUACUCAGGCAGCUGUUCAUCAAUGCAACGAUCAAGGCGAUCAACAAAUUUUCUAUGUGGAUACAACUGGCUGGUUACAUUACAAUAACAGUAUUGGAAAUGACGAACAAUUGAUACUUGCACAGAAAUUGGCACCUAUGAUUCAAGCCAAGUUAGCAAUUCCUCCAUUACCACUACCGGAUCCGCUCCCGAAUCCGUCUCUACCUGAUGAUUGGCAAACCAUGGAUGUUGGAAAUCAAGGAUUACGUGGCUCUGUAACAUUUGAUGCUGGCUCAUCAUUUACACUUUGGGGAUCAGGAACAAGUUUAAACGGCCAUCUGGAUGCUUUUCGUUUUGUCUAUCAAUCUCUUUCUGGAAAAGGUGCAAUCGAGGCAACGAUUCAAUCACAUGCUACAUUUUCUUCGUGUGCAAAGGCGGGAAUCAUGCUGCGGGAACAUUUGGCUUUAGGAUCAGCUUAUGUAUCUAUAGGACUUUCACCAGAAGAUGGAUUAUUUAUUCGAACUAGGGACUACAAUUUCAACAAUACACAAUUGAUAAAAAAAUCUCGAGCUUCACCUCCGUAUCGCAUUAGACUGGAACGCACCUCUGAUCAUGCAUUUAUUGCUCAAACAAAAAGAAAAAAUCUGGUGGAUAACGACAACAACAACAACAAUAGUGAAGAUUUGAACACUCAUGCUGGUGACGAAUGGGAAACGAUGGCCAUCAUACCAAAUCUAAGCUUGGCUCAAGAUAUUUAUGUAGGACUCUUUGUUACUAGUUGCGACAAUACAGUAGUGAGCGUGGCCAAUUUUACUGAAGUCUCUAUUCAAGGAAAUGUUGGUCGUGCGUAUGUGCUUCAUCCUCAUCGGUUUAUUGAUCAAUCAUCACGUCUUUAGAAUUAGUAUCAUUAUAUUUAUUUUAUUUAUAUUGUUCUAUUCACCUUCAAUAAACAAAAAAAUCAUAUAUUUAUAGC